GAGUGCUCUGUUGUCGAGUGAAACGUCGGCGUGCGUGUCUCCGUUGACGCCUCGCCCGGACACCAGAGUGCGGUUCCUGGUCGAGCCGGCCGCCGCGCACGACCGCCCCUACACAGUAGUGAGCGGGCGCGGGCGGGACAUGAGCGCACGCGGGCGUCCCCCAGGCCUGUCGUCGCUGUGCUCCCAGAGUUCCGUGGGCAGCAUGGGCUGCGGAAUGGGCGGGCCAGUGGGCAGCCUCAUGGUGGGCUCGACCUGCAGCUCUAGCAGCGCUUCGCGAGCUGGGUCAGCAGGCUCCCUCGUGGGCGUGGGCGUGCCUUCUCUCGAGGGCGAGGUGGGCUGUCCGGACUGCGCCGCGCUCUACCCCAUCACGGACGAUGCGCUGCUCCACAACCUCCACGCCAGAUACAAGCGCGACCAGAUCUACACAUACGUGGGGACAGGGCUGGUGUCGGUCAACCCUUACCGCCGCCUGGCCCUCUACACGCCCGAGGUUAUCCAUGCAUACCGCUCCAGCUGCGUCUUCCAGUUGCCGCCUCACAUAUACGCGGUGGCGGACGCGGCGCACCGCGGCGUGUGGGAGAAGAACCAGGACCAGGUCGUGGUGGUGACGGGGGAGAGCGGCUCGGGCAAGACGGAGGCGGCCAAGCUGGUCCUCCAGUACGUGGCCGCGGUCACCCCCGCCACGUCGCAGCCGGCCAACCAGCGGCUCCUGCAGUCCAACCCCAUUCUCGAGGCCUUCGGUAACGCGCGCACUAGACGAAACGACAAUUCUUCUAGAUUUGGAAAGUACAUGGAGAUCGAGUUUGACCAUAAUGGCGGUCCCAUAGGUGGCAGCAUAACACAUUAUUUAUUAGAAAAAUCGCGGGUGACGGCGCGGGCCCCCGGCGAACGCAACUUCCACAUCUUCUACCAGCUGCUGGCGGGCGCCGACAUCCAGACCCUCAAGUCCCUGAAGCUGCAGAGGAACCUGGACAACUACAACCUGCUGCGCGCCCCCAGGCACUUCCCGACAGACGCGCUGGACGACCGCACAGAGUUCAACAUCACCAAGCGUGCCCUAGAAACCCUCGGCCUCGCCUACGAGGAGCAAAUGGAGGUUUUCAAGCUCGUCGCAGUCGUGCUCAAGGUCGGCAACCUGACCUUCACGUCCGUCAACAACAUCGACGGGACGGAGGGCUGCGCCAACGAGAAUGAGUACGAGCUGCACGAGGUGUGUGAGCUGCUCUCUUGCGAGGUUCCGGCGCUGGCGGCGGCGCUGCAGACGCGCACGGUGGAGGCGCGCGGCGACACCGUGAUGGCCGAGCUGACCGCCGUGGAGGCCACGCGCGCCCGCGACGCGCUUUGCCGCGCGCUCUACAACCGCCUCUUCACCUGGGUCGUCGCCAGAGCUAACGAGGCGAUCAAGGUGAGGACGCUUGGCCGCAGGAAGGUGCUCGGACUGCUCGAUAUCUUCGGCUUCGAAAUCCAGGAGACAAACAGCUUUGAGCAGCUGGUCAUAAAUUUUUGUAAUGAGAAACUUCAUCAGAUCGUCACAGAGAUCACGCUGAAGGAGGUGCAAGAGGACUACCUGCGGGAGGGCAUCGACUGGACGCCCCUGGACAUUCCAACCAACAACGCCGUCGUGGACCUUAUUGAGCAGCGACAGACCGGCGUGCUAGCUGUGAUAGAGGACGUGUGCGCCAGGGUGGGCGGAAGCACCGACGCGUUGCUGCAGCAGCUGUCUUUCUCGUGCGGAGGCCACUCGCUUUUCGACAUCAAGGGAGGCCGCCACUCGCACUCCGACAACAACAUUCCGCACGACUCGUUUAGAAUCCGACAUUAUGCAGGUUCUGUCACUUACAAUGUCCAUGGCUUCAUCGAGAAGAACUGCGACGGCCUACACCGCGACCUCACGCGGGCCAUGUUUUGCUGCAGCCACAGGAUCAUCAAGGAACUCUUUCCAGAGGGCAACCCGCGCCGGACCACCCUGAAGCGGCCUGCCACCGUGGGCACGCAGGUCCUCAUCUCGGUCUCAUCCCUGAUGCGGACCCUGCGCUCCAAGACGCCGCACCUCGUGGCCUGCAUCAAGCCCAACGAACUGAAGCAGCCGAGGAUCCUGGAGAGCGCUCUCGUCCUGCAUCAGAUCAAGUACCUCGGACUGGUGGAGCAGGCGCGAGUGAGGUGCGAGGGAUGGGCGUAUCGCGCCACACACGAGGCCUUCCUGGCGAGGUACGGUAUGCUGUCCCUGCACACGUGGCCGUGCUGGAGGGGACAGCCCCUCGAAGGGUGCGCUCUGCUCCUGGCCGACCUGCCUCUCACGCCCGCACAGUACACCUUCGGGAGGAACAAAGUCUUCAUCAAGAGUCAAAGAGCUGUGCACGAGUUGGAGGAGUACCGACGCGAGCGGCUCGAGGACCUGGCGGUGCUGGUGCAGAAGACGUACCGCGGGUGGCGGCAGCGGCAGCUGUACCGCACGAUGCGGGCGGCGCAGAUCACCAUCGCCACCACGUGGAGGAGCUGGAAGGCGGGACGCUUGGCGCUGUCCAAGGACGACCCCGAGGCGGCCCGCCUGCAUCGCCUCUCCGUCAAGGGAUGGAAGUUCUUCAUGCUGGCGCGGGAGGAGUACCGGGAGCUGAAGCACAAGCGGAAGGUGGAGUGGGCGGCCGUGGUGAUCCAAGUCGCCUACAUCAACUUCCAGCGGCGGAAGUUCCUGCUGAAGGUGCUGAUGGAUCAGCCGAGCGACUCCCCCGCCGACGGCUCUUGGCCCCCGGCGCCCCGCACUCUGCAGGACCUCAGCCUGCUCCUUCGUCGUCUUCAUCACAAAUGGCGGUGCCACCGGUAUCGCCUCCAGUUCGACCAGACGGCGCGGAACAGGAUGAGAGAGAAAGUCACGGCUUCCAUUAUUUUCAAAGACAGGAAAGCUUCAUAUUCCAAAAGCGUGUCGCAUCCCUUCCUCGGGGACUACGUGCGCAUCCGCCAGAACGCUCAGUGGAAGAAGCUCGCCGCGGAGACCAACGACCAGUACGUGGUGUUCGCCGACAUUGUCAACAAGAUCACGCGUUCAGCCGGCAAGUUCGUGCCGAUCCUGCUGGUGGUUUCCACGAACUCCCUGCUGGUGCUGGACCAGAGGACACUGCAGGUCAAGUACCGGAUCCCCGCUCACGACAUUCAGCGGAUCUCCCUCUCCCCCUUCCUUGACGACAUCGCUGUCCUCCACGUGAAGCCCCCAACGCCGACAGCCGACCUCUCGGGCUCGCAGAACCUCAACCCCGGCUGCCUCUUCGGGUCGGACGAAGUCAAGCGGAAGGGAGACCUGGUGCUUCAGACUGGUCACGUGAUUGAGGUGGUGACUAAGCUCUUCCUGGUGGUGCAGAACGCCACGGGGAAGCCGCCCGACGUCUGCAUCUCGACAGAGUUCGACGUGAACUUCGGCCAGAGUUCCGUGCUGUUCACCUUCAAAACCGCCGGCCUGGCCGAGGUGACUCCCGGUCAGAUCAGGAUCAUCCGCCGACACAACCGCAUGGAAGUCAUCCUGUAGCUCUGCGGCUCCGCUCGUGCGAGACUCGAGUCCAGCACUCGAGGACUCGGUGGGGCGUCCAGGCCCAAGGGCGACGCCCUGUGUGUCCCGCAUCAGCCAUUGCGACAGUGAGUGUGUGAUGAGGAAGCAAUAAGGAUGUGAUGGGUGCAGUGACACAGUAAUGACUGUGAAAUACUUUAAAAACGGGUUUUUAUUCUUUGUACAGUAACCAACUAGGAAGAAGAAAAAUAUUGCAAUCAUUUUUUACCUGCGCAUGUGAAGUGAUCUUAUCCGUUCUACAAGGAACAACAGAGACGCGCCGCGCACAGGCGCGUGCAGCUGGUGGCUUAUGUACAGACGGCCGUACAUGAACAGGUAGUGGUCUCUUAUUCUGGUUAUGUAGUCGUCUAAUAGUUACGAAAAGGUGUGCUGGCAGAGGAAGCACUGGGGCGCUGCAUCCAGCCCAAGCUCGGGGUCCGGGCGAGCACCGUCGGUGUGCGUCAGAGGCCAGCGAUAUGACAGCUUGUAAGUCUAACAGAGUAACGUGUUCUUGUCAUCGACGUGCCAACAACCGAAACGUGAAAGUUGUCCCUUAAGCCCGACAAUGUAUGCUUAUUACUUUUUGCAUUUUCUGUGCGGCGUGAGGACCCAAUUUUGCUACGGUCAGUUUCGAACAUGUGAUAAGUUGUCCCGUUUGUGAGCAGUCGCUGCCUGAUAAUCCUCAUUAUCUUAACUGGUG